AUGGCCACACAGGCUGACCGUCACGACGCCGAAAAGGCACAAGCUCCAAUACCAUCCCGGCCCUUGCCUGAGGCCAACAAUCUCCCAUAUGAUCAUGACAGACAUCCUGACUCGUCGCCAUGGAGUUCGCGAAUUCGGUCCUUUGAGCGUGCGUUGUUAAAGUACAAUAUCGAAACCCGUGGGAUUCAGCGAGUAGAGGACCAUGAGAAACAUCGCAUAACAUGGCGGGCAUACCUUCAAGUCUUUGUACUCUGGACUUCCAUUAAUCUGGCCAUCAACAAUGUCACACUCGGCAUGCUAGGCCCUGCUGUUUACGAACUUUCCUUUACUGAUUCCUCCGUCUGCGCUUCACUCGGCGCGUUGUUGGGAUCGAUCCCCGUGGCCUGGAUCGCGACCUGGGGUCCUCUCAGUGGUAUCCGCACCAUGGUCUGGGGUCGUUAUGCUAUGGGUUGGUACCCAAGCAAAUUGAUCGUCAUCCUGAACAUCGUCGUCAUGCUGGGUUACGCUCUGUUGGUGGCCAUCAUUGGUGGUCAGGUACUUUCUGCAGUAUCCCCCAACGGCUCCAUGUCGGUCGUGGUGGGCAUAAUUAUUGUCUCAGUCAUUACCUGGGGAGUAACUUGUUUCGGUAUCUCGGUGUUUCACUAUUACGAAAGAUUCGCCUGGAUCCCCCAAUUGAUUGUGUAUUCAAUCUUGUUUGGAGUCUCGGCCAAACACUUUGAUCUCACUGGUCAGAGUGUGGGUGAUGGUCGUACUGUUGCUGGCAACCGUUUGUCAUUUUUCUCAAUUUGCGUUUCUGCUGCCAUCACCUACUCUGGACUUGGGAUGGAUUUCUUCGUCUACUGGCCUCAAUCGACAUCACGUUGGCUCAUCUUUACAAUGACCCUCCUGGGACUGGUACUGUCGUUCACAUUUGCGUUUGUUCUAGGCGCCGGUGUAGCUUCUGGGAUUUAUACCUCGCAAAACUACAUGGAAGCUUGGACCAACUCGCAAGGUGGUUCGGGUUCUGGUGCUCUGCUAGUGGCAGCCUACGCUCCUCUUGGAACUUUUGGUAAGUUCUGUGCCGUGAUUGCCGCCUUGGGAGGCAUCGCAAACAUGAUCCCCCCUACAUACUCCUCUGGGGUGGACUUCCAGAUGCUCGGUCGUCAUCUAGCAAAAGCUCCUCGAGUUAUUUGGAACACAAUCGGCGUCGUCAUCUAUACUGUGUGCGCCUUGGCUGGUAGAAAUUCCCUAGCCGUCAUUUUCACAAACUUCCUGGCUCUUAUGGGCUAUUGGGUGGCAAUUUGGGUGGCCAUAUUACUCGAAGAAUUUUUGAUCUUCAGGAAAGCGAACAGUAUCAAUUAUGAUUGGUAUGUGUGGGACGACAGGAAAAAACUGCCCAUAGGCAUAGCAGCAUUGAUUGCAUUUCUCAUUGGUUGGGCUGGCGCUAUUCUGUGCAUGGCCCAGGUUUGGUAUAUUGGGCCUAUCGCUGCAUUGGUUGGCGAAUGGGGUGCUGAUAUGGGCAACUAUGUCGGCUUUCUGUGGGCGUCGUUGGUUUUCCCGCCCUUGCGUUGGUACGAGUUGAGAAGGAUGAAGCGAUAA